AUGAAGCUCUCUGUUGGUCUACUACUCGCUGCCGUCGCUCUUGCGAACGUCUCUGCUGAAACUCCAGACACAACCCCUUUGCAGCCGUUGAACCCUGGUCCAGUCGAGGAAGACUACGCGUCGGCGACGAACAUGCCAGACAUCAAGAAUGACGGCCGCUAUUCUACCUUCUACCUGCCCAAGUCAAACCCAACGCCGCUCGACCCGAAACAAUUGGAAGGUCUCGGCCCUAUGAGAACGCCUGGCGACAACUUCGGGUCGUUCGGACUUCCGGGCAACACCAAACCGGACGGCUACACGGCGUUCAGGCCCAACGAUCCUUCCAAAAGCAACUACAAGUACAUCGAAGGCAUUGAUCCGGAAGUGAGACCGGGCAUGCCUGGCUACGACAGCGAGGCAGCUGAAAAGGCGUGGAUGGAUUUCAUCGCGCAGCAGAAUGGCCCAAGUGGACAGGGAGCUACAACGUCCAAGUGUUCAGCGACGUGCUCGGAUGAGACAGGCACCACGGUGUGUGGCAGCAAUGGCGUCACCUACGGCAACGAAUGUUGGCUCCGUUUCGAUCAAUGCUUCUACCCGGACCAAAACGUUCAGAAAGUCUUCGAUGGAGACUGCUGGUUGUACCGUGCUGACCCUUAG